GUGGGAGACCUUGGGUAAGAUGGCGAUCGGAGUUCGGUGAGAACGGCAGACAUAUUUGCUGCUCUUGCGUUUAGUGAGUUUCGCUGUCGUUUAUUGGUAAAUUUCAUUGUUAAAAAUUUGAGAAACUGUUCCUUUUAACUGUUUACAAAUGUCUGGAGGCGUUGCAGUUGCAGAAUCUAUUGCAGAAGCUUGUUUGAAAAUUGAACCGAGUGACGUUGCGCGUCGUAUUGAGAACCUCCCAGAUAUGCAGUCGACAGACGCGCAAGUGGAUGGCGGGCCAAAGGAAGAAGACACCGCUAAUACAAAUGGUGAAGGUACUGCAUUCAGAAAGCGAAAGAAGACUCGAAGAGGAAAGCCGAAGAGACGCAGGUUGAAACCGUAUUCACGUCUUUGGCAAGAUGAUAAACAGCGUUCGACAAAUAACAGACGAUCUAAAGUAUAUGCGUAUGGACAGCCAGAAGCGCCGUUUAACACGACACAGUUUUUGAUGGCGGAUCACGAUCUUCAGGGAUUGGAUGACCAUCUUCGAAAUGUCCCGGUUGUACAACGACCACCAAGAGCGCGAGAUUCGAGUUUUAGCGUGGAUUCGGAGGAUGAUUAUUUUUAUUCCUCGCCGGAAGACGAAGGCGAAUUUCUUAGUAAAGAAUUCACAAAUACUUAUGAAGAUCUCCACGCAGAAAGGAUAAGUGCUAUGUCGAAAAAUCAACUAAUUCAAGAAUGUCUGAUGCUGGAGGAGAAGGUUGAAAUGUUGGAGACAAGAGUGAAAUCUCUUGAAGGCAACCGGGUUACGGAUCAGGUGAGCGUAGACAGUGCAUCGGAAGAACGAGUGGCGGAUGCAGCGGAACUUGAAAGGUUACAACUCGAGAACGAACAGUUGCGGAGAGAGAACGAUCAUCUUAGAAGGGAAAACGAUCAUCUUCGUUCUUAUAUGAAAAGAAAUUCUUCGACUGUUUCGUCUGUGGAUUCAGAAAGUGAUAGUUCAUCGUCUUCGUGCUCAACAGGCAGUGAUUCUUCGGAAAGUGAACAUGAGAUGGAAGACUGUGAAGAGACUGAUGCAGUGAGAUUCGAAAAUGAAGAAAUCGAUGCCACUGACCGCGAAAAUCCGGAAAAUGUUCAGUUUGACAAAUCGACAGCUGAUGUCCCUAUUAGUCCGGCACAUGAGGGGACUGCAGAUAUGAGAGAGGAAAUUGACAGUGAAGAGCACAAAAAUUCAGACCAAAUUCAAAGGAAUGGUAGUUCGUUAACAGAAGUGUUUGCGGCAGAGCCCGAGCCAGAAACUGCUGUACCACAAGGCAGCAGUUCUGCCCGGUUGGAGAGUAGCGAAAUGGACAGUGAAGAAAGUAAAUAAGUUGCUGUAGGUCAUCAGGAGUUGAGGUACUGUGGCAGAUACCAUAAAGGAUGAGGGGGCCUGGAGGUGAUAAUGCUAAUACAACAUGGCUUCCCAUAGUCCUGCAUUUCUGCUUGAAAGUGAUCUGAUUAGUAUUCUGGGGGCAUCAUGAAGGUAUCUCAGCAAUGGUGAGAUUGUUGGAGGGUCUGCAGCAUACACUACAGAUCUAUCCAUCCACCAUUUAUUCGUCAACAUGGUGUAUGGAGAAAGAAGAUCGUUGACAGAUCGGACAUCAACAAAUUGUGAUAUAUCUUUGUUCGAGGAGCCAUUUUUUGUGCACUGCUAAUGGUAUAUCUGCAAUUCCAUUUGAAGUUGCUGUUUUUCAAUCGCUCCAUCUGCAGAGCUAGUUGGCAUAUCCGAUGGCAACAUACUCCUGAGUAGUCCCCGCGAAGUCGUAUUUCAUAGUACUGAUUUAUAUGUGUGGGAAAAAAAAGAAGAAAAGAAGAUAAUGAAGUGAUUUGCUAAUUUUGAAUGGUACCAAUAUGAUAACACGGAGUUUUGUUUUGGGAACAUCACCCUAUGUCAUUCUUAUCUUGGUUUUCAUCAGUUUCAUGUACUAUGCGGGACCCAAAAUUGAAACGUAUCAGGAGUGUCCCACAACAUGGCACAAGUAUGGAAUGUGGGCUCAGGGGCUGUGCAGAAGCAGGAAGUGGCCACUUGGAGCAAUAUUUGUAAAUGUAUAAGUUUUGUGUCAUGAAUAAAUCCUUUCAUACUUCCUUAAUGAAGGAUUAUUGUACCAUCUCCAUGUGAAGUUUUUGUAAUCUUUUGAUUUUAAGAAUAAACCCCUAAAGUUUGUUAUUAUAUUGCCUGUAUUUUUGAGUAAGUAAAGUUCUAUGUAUUUUGA